AAAUUAUGGUAAUUGAUAUUUAUUUUAAUAUUUUUUAGUAAUCGAUAUGAAUAAUAAAGAUGAAAAAAAAAUUGCAUUAAAUUUAGAUGUAAAAUAUAAUUAUUAUUGUACCUUUAAUUUAAAAGGUGAAUUUAUUUUAUAUAGUUAUUUUUGCUUUCAUGGUUAUCUUGGAAGUCAUGAUAUUAUUUGGAUUUAUUCCACACAAACUAAAAAUAACAAAUGGGAAUGUAAGAGAUUUUACAGGAUACCUGAAGAUUAUGAAUUAAUUAGUAUAUCAAAAUAUGAUAAUUUUGAGACAGAAAAUAUCGGAAUAUUUAGUAAUGAAAAGUUUAUUUUUCUAAAAAUCAAUGAUAAAAUCAUCGUUUAUUCAAUCGAAUUGAGAAUUCCUAUUGCUUCUUUGGAUAUAGUUAAUGGUAACAUUUUAAAAAAUUUUAUUUAUAUUUAA